AUGUCAAGUCCCAAAACUUCAGCGCAAGUAGCUCCAAGUGAUAUACGCAACUUCACAUUAAGAGAAAAAGACUCAUACACAAAGAGCACGUCCAUGCCACUCUUUAACACAAUAAAAUUGCAGGGACAUCAAUCUGCUCUAUUGAAUGGACCCAAGCGCUGGCAUCCAGCACAGCAAAAAGCGAAGAAGGCUCUCAAAAAUGAUAAUUAUAUACAAGCUAUAACGCAUUUAACGCACGUGUUAGAAAUAUAUCCCAACAGUUAUUCGGCGAAAUGUGAUAGAGCAGAAGCUUACAUGAAUAUCAACGAAUUAGAUAAAGCAAAGGAAGAUCUCACUGCUGCUAUAGCACAUAGCCCAAAGAAAUCACUGGCGUGGAGUAAACGAGGAGAAUUAUUCUAUCGACGGGCAAGAUAUGAUGAGGCAUUAGUUGAUUUAGCAAAAGCACUAAAAUUAGAAUCAAAAAACGUCUAUGCUCUAUGUACUAGAGCAAAUGUGUAUCAUAAAUUAGGGAAUCAAAAGAAAGCAUUGACAGAUCUCAACUCGGUAUUACAAUGCGAACCGAACAAUGUAGUAGCCUUACGUUUAAGAGGAGAAUCACAUCGUCUCCUCAAAAAUGCUCGUGGAGACAUAUAUCGUACAUUGGGGAAGUAUAAAGAAGCAUUAACCGAUUUAAACAAGUCAAUAGAUGCAGGGAGUAACGAUGCUGCAACCUUAAUUAGUCGUGCGAUUGUAUUUCAAAAGACAAACAGAUAUGAAGAGGCCUUGUCUGAUUUAAAUAGUGCUCUGGAAAUGCAGCCAAAUGAUCCGCAUACCUUGUCCAUUCGAGCCGAUGUAUAUUUUAAUUUGGGUCAGUAUUAUGAAGGCUUGGUCGACGCUGAUGAAGCGUUAGAAAGUAAGCCAGAUGACGUUUGGAUAUUGACAAUUAGAGGAAGAAUCUAUCUUGCUCUCAAUCGCAAAGAGGAGGCAUUGCUGGAUAUCAACAAAGCUCUUCGACUUGAACCGGACAAUUCAUUGACACUGUGUUUCAGAGGAGAAAUAUAUCAUGCAUUAUAUCGAUUUGAUGAUGCAAUAAACGAUCUCAACAGAUCGUUGAAACUUCAUUCCGAUCAAUGGAUAUCGUUAAUAGGACGUGGGGCUGUCUAUCGGUCAAUGAAGUCGUUCAGUCAAGCGCUUGAUGAUCUAAAUCUAGCGCUUUCGUAUACUCCAACCACUAGAGCUGAAGAGCGAUACAUAACAAAGGCGCUUCGAAAUAGAGGGGCUGUAUAUAGGGAACUUGGUCUAUUAAAUGAGGCAUUGAACGAUUUGGAUACGGCAAUUGAACGCGAACCCGAGAAUCUAUUUGCAUUGUGUGAGAGGGGAGUUUUGUAUAGAUUGGCGGAAAAAUAUGAUGAUGCUUUGUGUGAUCUAGAUCAUGUGCUACAACUUGAUCCAUAUAAUCCAUUUGCGUUGAAUGAGAGGGAAGAAGUUAUUAAAACAAAACUAACCAAAACUCUCCGGAGACCUUCACUAUCACCGAGGUAA